GCUAUGAGUCCUAUCGGUGAUGCCUUCCGCAAUCGACUGCGCAUGUUUCCUUCACUGAUAAACUGCUGUACCAUUGAUUGGUUCCAGACAUGGCCAACUGAUGCUUUAGAGAUGGUGGCCAACAAGUUCUUGGAAGAUGUGGACCUUGAUGAUGACAUUAGGAAAGAGGUUGUUUCCAUGUGCAAAUAUUUCCAAGAAAGCGUCAAGGAGCUGUCAGACAGUUACUACAAUACACUGCGCCGACACACAACUAUGUCACCCCAACCUCAUACCUGGAGCUGAUCCUGACUUUCAAGACUUUACUAAACAGCAAGCGUUAUGAGGUGGACACCAUGAGGAACCGAUACCUCGUUGGUCUCGAAAAACUAGAAUUUGCAUCAUCACAAGUUUCAGUUAUGCAGAAAGAG